GUGCUGCACUUAUAAGAGCGCAGAGUCCUUACAGCUCAGUCUAAAAUAGGUUAGGAAGUACUUAUGGUAAAUGUCUUAACUAUAUUAACACUAUAGCAGCAUUGCGAACAGUGUCAUCUUAAUGCCAAGAAUAACGGCAGUUACUUAGAGUCCGGGUACAGUGCUGUGGACUGUAACUCCCAUCACUUUAAUUACCCAGCUGAAAAGAUUGAAGUAACAGUCCACAGCAUCAAGAACGCAAACUCUUACCAAGGUCCCCCCGAACCCUUAGAUCACCACUCCAUGACAUAAUAGUGAAUUACAGAGUAUAAUCGUAUUAAUGAUAUUGUAUACGUCGUAACACAGACAGAGACAGGGUGGGAGUGGAGGAUGCAAUGGAGAAAGGUAUAAGUAGAGGCAUCGAUAAAGAGUGUGAGUGGAAGGAGGGUGACUGUGUGUAUGGAAGAAAGUAUACAGAGUGUGAGUGGUAGUAUGUGAGUGUGAGUGGAUGGAGAGAAGCACUGUGUGUGAAUGGAGGGAUAAAGACAGUGUGUGAGUGGAGGGAGGGAUUGAGACAGUGUGUUAGUGAAAGGAGGGGGACGGAGCAGUAAUCCUGCCAGACACGGGGAGAGAGAGGGAGAAAAAGCAUUAAACGUUCAGCUGCAUCAUCACCCCAAGACUGGCCUGCACCCUCAGAAUGAGGUCUGGCUGUAAAACCAUCACUUGCAUUUUCUAUGGCUGUCUCCUGACGGGCACUUGUUCUAUACUUCCUGCAGCUCUGCAAACCUCAUUACGCCCACAUUCGCAUACGUCUCUCCAAUCUGCUGCCCCACAUACACAAUCUUCCCUUCACAUGCCGCUUUUAGACCGUGCGAUACACCCCAUCGCCCACCACCCACAUUCUCCUCUCCACACUGCUCUCCCUAUAUUGCAGUCACAGAGUUUACUUCCAAAGAUCCCAUACUUCCAACAUCGGGGUACGCAGCGCCCUCAUCACUUUGUGAUAGCCAGACGGGGCAAACGGCAAUCUCCUGCUGCCAGCUUGCUCUUUCCUGCUGCCCUGGAAGGUGCAGCUCCCCCAUCUCAAUACCCCUGGGCCAUUUUGUGGGGACCUACAGUGUCAGAUGAAGAUGGAACAGCCCUGAGCUCUGCCUCUUCCACCCCUCGCCCUGGCUUUUAUCACGAUGGUGAUCACCAGUUGCAUGAGGAGCCUGCACGAGGCCUGGACUUAAGAGGGGUUCCUACAACACUAAGACCACACAUCUACUCUCCAAAAGAUGAAGGGACCGAUCCUCAGUUAUACGUGACAAUUGUCAUCUCUGUGCUAAUCGUGCUGGUGGCAUCUGGUAUCAUCAUCAAAUUCUGCUGUGAGCGAAGGCAGCGGAGAAGGCAUCAACGAGCUGAGAGAUGCCCCUUACCAGAGGAAGGAAGCCUACAGCCUCUCACCGACCUGUCACCAGACACAGACAUCCCUGGACUCCAACCUCUCAAACUUGGGGAUUUCAAAAGUGGAAACGAAGAAAGAGGAGGUCCCUACAGGGCCAGCAAGAUCCCUAUGGUGACCAUGUGACUCUGAUGGGGGUAUGAAACACACGCACGAGCUGUUAGGUAAAGGAAUUUAACCAAGCCAAGAGGCAAAACCCCUCAUCUCAGAAUCCUUGAAUUUGGAUUGUUUGUGUCUGGGGCAGGAAGAUCAUGAGAAGAGAAGGAAAGGAGCAACUCUUCUAAUAUCUGACGAGAGCAGCAAGACCAAGAGGACACUAAGGGGUGAACUCCCCUCUAUAUGUAUGACAUCAUAUAACUAAGUGAAGAGAGGUUACACACAUUUGUACAUAAUUGUACUUGCACACGUGUAUUCAGAGGCUAAUAGCACUUAAUCACUGGCCUUUUCUGUCUAUAUCUCAGUGUAGGGAGGAUAUAUAUCUAACUAGAUCAAUGUGACUCCAACAGAGCAAUGUGACAAAGGGCUUCAAUUCAUGACUGUUUGUCUGUUUGCACCAACAGGAAAACUCAGUUUU